CAGAUAGGAUAGAGCGAUGAAGACAACGAGGACAGCGACCGACAAAUGCGGCGCAGCCUUCGGUCUACCAGCCGUCCACAGCUCGCAACCCGCGGACUUACAAUCAACCAUUGACCCAUAUUUCUGUCAGGGGAUACGAUUCUCUCCCAUCGCUAUACUGUCUAAACAUGAGGUGGUUUGUGUCUCCAAACAUGGUUUAGCUAAAAUCUCUGAAGCAGCAGCAGCAACAGCAGCAGUCCGCUAACACGGAGUCAGGAUGUCCAGCAGCUCGGGCUACCCCCCCAGCCAGGGGAGCUUCAGCAGCGAGCAGAGCCGGUACCCUCAACAUUCUGUCCAGUACACCUUCUCCGGCUCGCGCCACCAACAGGAUUUCACCGUCCCAGACUAUCGGACUCAUAUGCAAGAUCCACAGGGUCGGAGAAGACCGUCUUUACUGUCUGAAUUCCACCCAGGAACUGAAAGGCCUCCAGAGAGACGCCAUGGUUACGAACAGCAGUUUCACUCCAUCUCAGCCCAGUCGGAGCAUGACUCCUUGGAUACUAAACGCCCUCGCAUGGAGACUGUUGUUGAGGGCCACAUCACCCGCACACCCACCACCGCUGGGGGUGUUCUCAUGCCCAUAACACACACAGUACAGGACAGUCUAAGAUCCACUAUGGAGGUCAAAAAGGAGUCUCAGUUCUCUGUCAAAAUGGAGCACCCGUCAUCAGGAGGAUCUGCACUACACAUGGGCGAUGAUCAGGACGCUUCUCCUUCCAAACUAUCCAAAGAGGAGCUGAUCCAGAGCAUGGACCGCGUGGACCGAGAGAUUGCGAAAGUGGAGCAGCAGAUUUUCAAGCUGAAGAAAAAGCAGCAACAACUGGAGGAGGAAGCAGCAAAGCCAGUGGAGCCAGAAAAGCCAGCGACCCCUCCCCCAGUGGAGCACAAGCAUCGCAGCAUCGUCCAGAUCAUCUACGAUGAGAACAGGAAAAAAGCUGAAGAGGCCCAUAAAGUUCUGGAAGGUCUUGGUCCUAAGGUUGAGCUGCCCCUCUACAAUCAGCCAUCAGACACAAAGGUGUACCAUGACAACAUCAAGACCAACCAAGUCAUGCGCAAGAAGCUGAUUUUGUUUUUUAAGAGGAGGAACCACGCUCGGAAACAAAGGGAACAGAAGAUCUGCCAGCGCUACGACCAGCUGAUGGAAGCGUGGGAGAAGAAGGUGGAGCGACUGGAGAACAACCCCAGACGCAAAGCCAAGGAGAGCAGAACACGGGAGUACUAUGAAAGGCAGUUCCCUGAGAUCCGCAAGCAGAGAGAGCAGCAGGAGCGCUUCCAGAGGGUCGGACAAAGAGGAACGGGCCUUUCUGCAACCAUUGCUAGAAGCGAACAUGAGAUCUCUGAAAUCAUAGAUGGCCUUUCUGAGCAGGAGAACAACGAGAAACAGAUGAGACAACUGUCAGUUAUUCCUCCCAUGAUGUACGACACGGAGCAGAGGCGAGUGAGGUUCAUCAACAUGAACGGCCUGAUGGAUGACCCAAUGAAGGUUUACAAAGCCCGGCAGUUCAUGAAUGUUUGGACCGAACACGAGAAGGAGAUCUUUAAGGAGAAGUUUGUCCAACACCCCAAGAACUUUGGCCUGAUUGCCUCCUAUCUGGAGAGAAAGUGUGUUGCUGACUGUGUCCUUUACUACUACUUGACCAAGAAGAACCACAACUACAAGACGCUGGUGAGGCGAAACUAUGGUAGACGGAGAGGAAGGAACCAGCAAAUAUCACGUCCCUCACAAGAAGAAAAGGUAGACGACAAAACCGAAGAGGACAAAACUGAGAAAUCUGAGAAAAGAGAGGACGAGGAAAAGAAGGACGAGGAAGAGAAAGAUGAUAAGGAGGACUCUAGGGACAUUGGCAAGGACAAAGACAAGUGUGACGGUGGGGAGGACGAGGACGGAAAGGAGCAAAACACGCCGCGUGGCAGGAAGACUGCCAACAGCCAGGGCCGCCGUAAGGGAAGGAUCACCACACGCUCCAUGGCCAAUGAGGCUGCAUCUGUGCAGGCCGAGGAGGCUCCUCCCACUGCCGCUGAGUCUGCCUUGCCAGAUCCUCCGCAGCUCCCUAAGACUGAUCAAAUGCAAAAGUCCAUGAAGGAGCCUACAAAACCCCAGACUCCAGUGGCUUCCAUGGAUGCUAAUAAAGCUGGUGCUGGUGAAACCGGAGAAACUUCUCGCUGGACCGAGGAGGAGAUGGAGGUGGCCAAGAAAGGGCUAGUUGAGCACGGGCGAAACUGGACAGCCAUUGCCAAAAUGGUGGGCACCAAAAGCGAGGCACAGUGCAAGAAUUUCUAUUUCAAUUACAAGAGACGUCACAACCUGGACAACCUGCUCCAGCAGCAUAAGCAGGACACACGGCGGGCUCGUGCUGAUAGGUCUCAAGGUGACGGUCUAGCCACGGCGUCACCUGAUGAUGACGACGAUGAUGACAACGCAGAUGACAGUGAAGGUGGUGACAACAGCUCUGAUACAGAGAGUGCUCCCUCCCCCUCUCAGUCUGGCGACUCCAAGAGGGCAGACAGUGCUGCCGUAGAUGCUCAUUGCUCUGAUCAGGACAAAGGUCAGGCCAGUAAUGGAAAGGCCCUGGAGCCCUUAUACGGAGGACUCUGUGUCAAGGAAGAGAAAAGCCCGGAGAGUGAGAAUGGAUCUCAGGAGGAAAAAGCCAGGAUGGCUUCCUAUGCAGGCUCGGUGCAUCCCAAAACUGAACCUCAGGACAUGGACAUGAAUACCGGGGAGGUUCAGGUCAAAAUGGAGCCUGACAUCAGGGAGAGAGGAGAAAAGGGAGAUCACAGCGAGAGGCACAGGGAACUCCACUCAGAUAAUGACUCCAGCGCCACCUGCAGUGCUGACGAGGAUGUCGAAGCAGAGCCUGAAAGGCAGAGAAUAUUCUCCAUGGACAAGCCUACAUUGCUCAACCCUCCAGGCUCUGUGCUGGUGUCCUCCCCCAAGCAAACCCAACUCAACAUCCAGCAGAUGCAGCAGCGUGCUGCUAACAUCCCACCUAUGGUGCCCGGUCCUUUUGGCCCAGGCGGUGUGCCCAUCAGUGGCUUUGCCAUGCUGCAGCACCAGAUCAAAGCAGUGCACGAGUCAGCGCACCAAGAGGAGAAGCAGAGGCAGGAUCAGGGAGACCUGGAACGCAGGCCGCCCUUCAGCACCCGCAGCCCCACCGUAAUAGACAGAGAUGGUAAGCCCUUACCCUACAUGCCUUAUGACAUGAAGCUGGCUCUGGACCAGGAGGUCCACUCUGGUCGGCCAGGCUCUCCCUACAGACUCUCCCCCAGGGAGCUGAGCAGGGCCUCACCCCAGCUUGACCCCAACGCCCCCAAUGCCUCCCGCUACAGUGUGCCACCAGUCCUCCACCCUGCUGCCAACCAGCUGGUCCAGACUAUGCAAGAUGGAGUCCGCGUGACGUUCAGCAGACCCAGUCGACCUCCCAACAUUCCCUCUCCUCCUCCACUCAUUCCAACAACCAAGCCCACAGACAAGCCCUCCUUCAUCCAUGGAGGCUCCAUCUCCCAGGGAACUCCUGGCACAUACCUGCCGUCCCACGCUGUCUAUGGGCCAGAGGGGGCUAAGAGCACAGUGGGCUCCAUCUCUCUGGGUCUGCCUCGGCAGCAGGAUCCUAACAAGCCUGGAGGUGUAGUUCCAUCCAUACAAGAUGGCAGAGGCAACCCAGCAAAGAUGGGUGAGGGUCUGACAAUGAGAGGUUCAAUCACUCAGGGCACACCGGCCCUGCCCCAGUCCAGCAUUGCUGCUGACCUCUUGAAGGGCACGAUCACAAAGUUGGCCACAGAGGACCUGAGCAGCUCAGACAAGGCAAGGGGAGAACAGAUGUCUAAAGGUCAUGUCAUCUAUGAAGGCAAGAGUGGUCACAUACUAUCGUAUGAUGCUAUCAAGAACCCCAGGGAAAACACCCGCAGCCCCAGAACAGGCCAUGAGCUGAAGCGCACUUACGACAUGAUGGAGGGUCCAAUGGGCAGGGGUCACCCUGGCAGGGAGGGAGCUCCAUUUGAGGGGUUGAUCAGCAGGGCCUUGCCCAGAGAAGGUCCACAUGGAGAUCCUAAGGAAAGACCAUUGAUCACAGGAUCUAUCAUGCAAGGAACACCUAGAACCGCCGCAGAGACUUAUGAAGAUGCCAUGAAAUAUGGAAAACAGAUAAAGCGAGAGAGCCCACCGAUCCGCUCCUUCGAAGGGGGCAUUGGCAAGGGCAAGCCCUAUGAGGGAGUCAAUACUAUCAAAGAGAUGGGGCGCUCCAUUCACGAAAUCCCCAGACAAGAUCAGUCUGGCCAGGAGAUCUGCAAGACCCCUGACCUGUCAGACAGGAGGGUUAUGGAGGGCUCCAUGUCUCAGAUUCACCCUCUCAACCAGUCUACUAUCAAGCACAACGUCAAGUCCCUAAUCACCAGUCCCUCUAAGCUUCCCCACAGCAUGCCCCAGCUCGAGGCCAUGGAACGAGCCAAAUACGAGGAGAGCAAGGCGGUACGCCACACUUCCGUCGUCAACUCCACCACCUCCGUCCUGCGCUCCACACACCAAGAGGCUGGCAAAUCCCAACUUAGCCCAAGCAUGUAUGAGGACCCCAACGCUCGCAGGACCCCUGUCAACUACAGCACCAAUCCCGUGUCCAGAGGAUCACCCAUGUUGGGACGUGGACCAGAGGGUGUUAUGAGCUCUGGGAAAUCUGCUGCACAUGAAAGAAAGAGUGCCAUGACCCCGACUCAGAGGGACAAUGUCCCAGCCAAGUCCCCGGUGUCGGGCGGUGACCCUCACCCUGUGGCCUCUCACAGCCCUUUCGACCCCCACCACCGGCCCGUCGGUCCUGGGGAAGUGUACAGACCCCACCUGCCUCCACACCUUGACCCCGCCAUGGCCAUGACUCUCCACAGAGGGCUGGAUCCUGCGUUCAUGUUCCCCAGGCAGCCGUCUCCAACAGGCUACCACAACACCUACCAGCUGUAUACCAUGGAGAACACGCGGCAGACGAUCCUCAACGAUUAUAUCACCUCCCAGCAGAUGCAAGUCAUCCGACCUGACAUGGCCCGAGGGUUGUCACCACGGGAACAGCCUGUCACUAUCCCUUACCCAGCCGGAGCGCGAGGGAUUAUUGAUCUAGCCCAGAUGCCUCCAACUAUCCUGUUGCCUCACCCUGGGGGAACAGGUACUCCCACUUUGGAACGCAUGGCCUACCUCCCUGGAGCUCAGAACCCUUUCCCUCCUAGGGCUUUCAACCCGAACUCCAUAUCGCCAGGCCACCAAGCCCACCUUGCUGCUGCCGCUGCUGCCAGUGCAGAGAGAGAACGGGAGCAUCGAGACCGGGAGCAUCGAGACCGUGAGCAUCGAGACCGCGAGCAUCGUGACCGUGAGCAGCAGGAGAAAGAGAGAGAAAAGGAAAGGGAAAGAGAGCACCGGGAGAGGGAACGAGAACGGGAGCGGGAGAUGCGAGAACGAGAGCGGGAGAGAGCCAAUGAAUACAUCCGCGGAGGUGGACAAGAACAGCCAGGACGGCCAGGAAGUCGAGGUUAUCUGCACUCCCCUUCUCCCUCGCUCAGGACGCAGGAUGUAGUGGUUCAGCAGCGGCCUAGCAUCUUCCAGGGCAAGAGUGUCAUCACUGCUCUAAUGCCCCAUUCAGCAGCAGCGGCGGCGGCAGCAGCACAGAGUAGCUCUCGCUACAGUACUGCAACUGAUGCUCUGGCUGCUCUGGUGGACGCUGCUGCCUCUGCCCCGCAGAUGGAUGUGGCCAAGGUGAAGGAGAGCAAACAUGAACGGGAUGACGAAAUGUCUUCGUCGGCUGCAGCCCGGCGAGCGGCCAGCAUCUCCGAACAGCAGCAGCAGCUGCAACAGCAGCUGCAGCAGCAGCAUCAGCAACAGCAUCAGCAACAGCAUCAGCAACAGCAUCAGCAACAGCAGCAUCUGCAGCAGCAGCAUCAGCAACAGCAGCAGCUGCAGCAACAACAGCAGCAGCAGCAGCAGCAGCAACAACAACAACAACAACAACAACAACAACAACAGCAGCAGCAACAACAGCAGCAGCAACAGCAGCAGCAACAACAGCAACAACAGCAGCAGCAGCAGCAGCAGCAGGAGGCAGAGAGGCGGUCUAUGCAGUCACCAUAUGGCGCUAUGUCUCUGCCAGGGGGUAAGCCCCAUCCAGCUUACUCUGAGGGCCCCGGAGUUGGUGUUAAGGACAAGGGCCCUCAAACCUCAAAGUCCCGCAUCGAAGAGGAGCUUCGGACUCGUGGAAAGACGACUAUCACAGCCGCCAACUUCAUCGAUGUCAUCAUCACACGGCAGAUAGCCUCAGACAAAGAUUCACGAGAGCGAGGUUCUCAGAGUUCCGACUCCUCUAGCAGCUUGUCAUCCAGUCGAUAUGACAACACGGGUGGAGGAGCCAUUGAGGUGAUAAGCCCUGCUAGUUCCCCAAUCCAACCCCAACAGGACAAACCAGAGGAAGGGCAACAACAGGCAGCAGUGCCUUGUCAACCUUCACCAGCUGGCAUGCGGGCUUAUGACAUGAGUCGUUACCGGCCAUCAGGGGAGCCACCACAGCCCAGUUCCCAGCAGCCCCCUUCCUCCCAGGUUGAGAGCUACUCCCAGGUCCCCAAGACUCACCGGGUCAUGACCUUGGCAGACCACAUUUCGCAUAUUAUAACCCAGGACUUCGCCCGGAAUCAGGACCCUCCUCCUGUCUCCUCCUCAUCUUCAGCCACAUUCCAGAGCGCGGUGCCACAUGUUUCCUCUUCAGGGCGAGCCAAGAUGCCCAGCCGCUACAGUCCUGAGAAUCAGGUCCAGCUAUCCCACCACCAAAGACCCUCCAGCAGAGUUUCCCCAGAGAAUGCCCCUGACAAGCCUAGAGCCAGGCCGGGUAAAUCUCCAGAGCGAGGCGGCAGGCAGAUGGAGAACUAUGAACCCAUCUCUCCACCACAGAGCUACCAAGGCAUGGACAAACAGGAGGCGAUCGGGCCUCCGCCCCAGAGACGAGAGGCUGACAACUCUGAGAUCAGGAAUGACUCACGGUCCCCAGGGAAUGUCAGCUAUCUGCCUUCCUUCUUCACCAAACUGGAGAACACCUCACCAAUGGUGAAAUCAAAGAAGCAGGAGAUCUUUCGUAAGUUGAACUCCAACUCUGGUCUCGGUGAUUCUGAUGUUGGAAAUGCACAACCAGGCACAGAGAUUUUCAAUUUGCCUGCUGUUACCAGCUCAAGCAGCAUCAACCCAAGGAAUCACUCAUUUAGUGACCCGGCCAGUAACCUGGGCCUGGAGGACAUCAUCCGCAAAGCCUUGAUGGGCAACUUGGAGGAGAGACAGGAGGAUCACCAGGGAGGACUAGGGGCUCAGUGUGCCAUGAACAACACAUCCGGCCAAGGCAGUGACGCCCGCCAGGAGGCCAACCCGUCACCCAGUAUGGGUAAGCAGAAGCACGGCAAAGCCAGCAGCCGAAAAUCCAAGUCCCCUAACCUUGGUCAGGCCUACGCCGGAGGGGAGCGUCCGUCUUCUGUGUCCUCCGUCCACUCAGAGGGAGAUUAUCACAGACAAGCCCAAGCCCAACCCCAAUGGAGCUGGGACGACCGACCUUCGUCAACAGGAUCCAUGCAGUUCCCUUACAACCCGCUGACCAUGCGCAUACUGAGCAGCACGCCACCCACCUCCAUAGCUUCCCCCUCCAUACAGAGCCAGCAGCAGCAACAGCAACAGCAGCAGCAGCAGCAGCAGCAGCAGCAGCAGCAGCAGCCGCAGCCGCCUCCAGCUGGAGCCCCGGUGGCCCAGCAGCGUGUGUGGCAGUCUCUGCUGUCAGAGCAAUAUGAGACCCUGUCUGACAGCGACGACUGAGCCCUCCUCACUACAGCCCCAAAAAGCAGAAGAGAGGCCUGCAACAAGGCUCGUCUUUUCACCCCCACCCCCCGCCACCUCUCCCAGAACUAUCCUCGCUCACUGGCGAGUGUGACAAGUAGAUGGGACGGUGUCCUUUUUAUUUUUGGUGCUAUGGCGCCCCCUGGCUGUUAGCUGAGAGUACAAGCAACAGCCUCUGACAGGCAGGGCUCUCCAGAGCAAGACAGGCUUUGGUCUGGAAGCACUCACCCAGCCUGUCGGUGAAAUAAACAAAACUCGACAGACUGGAUGAAAUGAGCUAUAGUAAAGAAGAAGAACUUCAAGUGUAAAAAGAAACAACAUAAGAGACUAUUUCUGAUUUUCUUUUGAUUUCUGUAAAGAUAUACCUUGUCUUUGAGAAAAUCAUUGUAUGUAAAUAGAGUAACCUUUUGCAGUGUUUUUUCUUAACUUGAUUAUUUCUUAUUUUAAUGUCGCUUUUAAAUUGAUCCACUUUAAAUGGGAAGAGUAGGGGUGUAAUCUUUAGUAUCACAGUUGGUCUCUCCCAGUCCACCCCCUCCCCACGUGACCUGACACCCACAUUUUUACCAUAGUGACGCUGAGAGAGGCCGGACAUUUGGCUUGUCCUUGACCAUGAGUGGAGCACAGAGACCGUGCCAUCUCUGCGCACCAUCCCACAAAGCACCACCAGAGCCUGAACAUCGUGGACAUUCGUGGAUGAAAACAAAACACAGAAUAACAAUUCAAACAGCAAUGAUUUUUGAUGACCAUCUGCCCCACACAGUGGAGAUGAUGCGUAGAUUGUAACUAUCAGAUGGUAGCGGUAACUUCUCAGCCCGCUCUAGACGGAGACAUGUCUUCAAAACAAGUUGAGAACACUGGCGUCAUAGCAGAAAGGUGAAAAGUCUGAUAUAAGCUUCAUUUUGCCGGAAAAAUAUAUCCUUAUGACUACUCCUGGACCCCGUCUGAAUAACGAAAGUGAGCCAAUGUUUUUUUUUUUUUUUUUUCAAUAGCGCUGACCAUGGUGUGUCACAUGUAGCUGUCUCUCUCUGCAGUUUCCAACCUAUCCAGAAUGAUCAGCUCUGCAAUGUUGUCAUGGUAAAAAAACAUAGUGUGUCAGGUUUUGCCAUGCCUUGUGACUUGAGAAAGAAGGCAGCUUUAACUAAUUUUCUCAGAGAUAUACGUUGGUGUUUGAUGUUUGUAUUUGUUUCUGUAGUCCCUCUUUUUUUUCCUUCUUUUUUUUUGAUACUGUCCUGACAAAAAUCUGAACUCUGUAAAUUGUCUUUCCAUUACACAAAAAAGACAAAACUAACCAAACAUAAAGAAUGGUCUGCACCAUUGUUGCACUUUUUUUGCUUUGUAGCUUGUGACAAAAAAAGCAUACUACCUGCUGUGUAACUUAUUCAACCUCCAGCACAGGAGUAUACUAAGAUGUGCUUUAACGUUUUCCCACCACUCACAGAAAUCUGGAUGUUAUGACUUCCUGUCUUUUCUUGUUGCUGGUACAUUAUUUUGUAGCGUUGACACUUUCAUCAUAGUUACAGUUUUAAGUGUAUGGUACCGUUUUAUGUUUAGGAGUUUGCUGUCAUGGUGAUUCUUAACUGUGACCACUUAAUCUCUGCUUUCAAUCAAAAGGCAUACAGCUUUGAAUAUGAACUAUUAUAGGUCAACUUCAUAAAUGGCAGUAAUGUUCCUUUGCAAGUAUGUGGGGAAAAAAAUACCACACUUUGGCUUUCAGCUUUCACUCUUCUUAGGUAAAAAACCCAUUCUGCUCCAAACUUGAUAUUUCCUUUCUUCCUUUCAUUUAGAUUUUUGAAUCAUUGUCAUAGCACAUGUUCAGAUUUUUAUUUUCUGUCAUUUUCAACAUCUUUGUUAUUCAUCCUGUUUACACGGGAUGUUAUGUGUUUACAAAGGCAAUGACAAAAAAAGUUUACAAACUUGAAUCUUAAAGAAAUCCGACAUGAAGCCGAAAAAGAAUUGGAGCAUCUUUUCAGCUCUCUCAAACACACAGUGGUGACUUUUUUUUUUUGUCUUUUGAAAUUGAGACUUGAAAACCCGUGUAUCCUAUGAUGUUGAAAUGCAAUGUUUGUAUCGCACAAUGUCUCUUAGUAGGCUAUUACAAGAGUUCAGACCAAUCAAAUAAAGUGGAUCAGUUCUCCACCACUGAAAAGUGUAGAGGUUCUUAAUAGGUGUGCCAUCUAUUUAAAUGACUACAAUGAUUUUCUUCUUGUAGAUUGUGCUCUGGUCAUAAUUGUUACGGACUGAGGUGUACUUAAACAACUUUAGAGGUUUUGCUGCAUCCCUGAUUCUACUGCUGUCACACAUUUAAACAUGAGCCACGAGAAGGAAAGAAAAUAGCUGAUGAGGUCCAUGGCUGCAUAUUCUAUGUGCUAAAUGAAGAUGAUAGUGAGGAUUUUCUAAACUCAUUCUGAUCACAAUGGGUAAAAUAAGCUUAAUGCAGUGAGGUCGAUUGGUGUAUUCAUACUAUCAUCCUGUCGGGAGCCUUUUUGUCUGAGACUGACUCAUAGUGCAAGAUAAUGGACAGCAUUAUACCUUGCUCAUAGCAGAAGUUUAAGUGCUUCCCAUUUAUAUGAGCCAGUGUCAUGCCUCUGAUAAGGGUCUGUUUAACAAGCUUGGCAUUAAUAUGUCAGUUGUUUGGUGGAGCAUUGAUAGUUUUUUGUUUUUUUUCUAAAUUGGCAUUUUUUCUGUUUGGGACUUCCUUGUCUUUUACAUGCACAUGCCUAAGGAGACUAUUUUAAAGAUACAAGCAGGGUAUACUCUCAAUGCUCUCAUUUGCUAGUUUUUAAACAAAUGGUAUGAGGACACAUAACAGAAAUUUGACUGGCUGCUUUUGCUCUUGUUGUACAUACGCAAAAA